UUUUUACUUGUAUUUUUAGCAUGUUCACAUUUUACAAAAUGAGCAACUUGGAUAACAGGAUUGCUAAUGCAGAUCAACUCCUUACUCAGGAUGUGGAUAAAUUCUGUAACAGCCUUGCAGAGCUCUACUCCAACAUCAGUAAGCCAUUGCUUGACAUAGUGAUCUACGUUCAGAAACUAACAGGAGCAAUUGGUAUACAGGGACCAACCAUCAUGCUGGCAUACUUGGCUGUUUCAGGACUGUUACUAACAAGAUUGAGACGACCAGUUGGAAGAAUGACAGCAGAAGAGCAGCAUCACGAGGGAGAGUUUAGAUUUGUAAACUCUCGGCUCAUAACUAACAGUGAGGAAAUUGCGUUCUACCAGGGAGGAAAAAGAGAGAAGUUUACCAUUGAAAAGACGUUUCAACGAUUGGUUGAUCAUCUAAGGAACUUCAUUCAGUUUCGAUUUAGUAUGGGAAUCAUCGACAAUAUUAUAGCAAAAUAUGUAGCUACAGUUGUAGGCUUUAUGGUUGUCAGUCGCCCUUUCCUUGGCGCAGGCAGCACGAGGCAUGUGAACAGCACACACAGCGAGAGAAUGGAGGACUAUUACAGAAGUGGCAGAAUGUUGGUAAAAAUGGCGGAGGCGAUUGGUCGGCUCGUGUUGGCAGGAAGAGAGUUAACUCGACUCGCAGGGUACACUUCCAGAGUAUCUGAACUAAUGAAUGUAUUAAGAGACCUCAAUAAAGGCAAAUAUCAGCGAACAAUGAUUUCAAGUCAGUCAAGAGGAGACAAUGCAACGCAAGACAAGAUUCCCAAAGACCCGUUGGUUCCCAAUCAAGGGGAAAUAAUCGAAACUGAUCACCUAAUCAGAUUUGAACAUGUUCCGUUGGUUACACCAAAUGGGGAUGUUCUUGUGAAUGACCUUUCGUUUGAGGUUCGCUCUGGGAUGAAUGUGUUAGUUUGUGGUCCAAACGGAUGUGGAAAGAGUUCGUUGUUUAGAAUUCUAGGAGAGUUGUGGCCACUGUUUGGCGGUAAACUGGUGAAACCAAACAAGAGCAAGCUUUUCUACGUUCCACAGCGUCCAUAUAUGACCCUCGGGACAUUACGGGAUCAAGUGAUAUACCCCGACACUAAAGAAGACUUGCUCAGGAAAGGCCUCAGCGAUCACGAUCUUGAAGAUUAUCUCAACCAGGUUCACCUUGGUAAUAUUCUUGAGCGAGAAGGCAGCUGGGACACAAUUCAGGACUGGAUGGAUGUUCUAAGUGGUGGCGAGAAACAAAGAAUGGCUAUGGCUCGUCUGUUCUACCAUAAGCCUCAGUUUGCUAUUCUUGAUGAGUGUACAAGCGCUGUUAGCGUGGAUGUGGAGGGCUUCAUGUACACUCGUUGUAGAGAGGUUGGAAUUACACUGUUCACUGUUUCACAUCGCAAGUCGCUGUGGAAAUACCACGAGUAUGUCCUUUAUAUGGAUGGACGAGGCUCUUACGAAUACAAGCCAAUUGAUUCUGCAACUACAGAGUUUGGUUCUUAGAAUGUUUCUUACCACUGGACUGGUGCCUUCAAUUCUGAUCUAGCGUUCAUUUGAUUGAUCUUAUUCUCCAAUGCUACUACAAUGGAAAAACAGAACGACUUAACCUACAUCCCGUGAAACAACGUUCUACUCUUCACAAACACCAUAUUGGACGCCAAAACCUGUCCUGUUGUGAGACGCUCAGUACAUUCAGCUAUUACAACGGUGUUUUACAACAUCACUUAUGCUCACGGAAAAGUCUUCUUUACAAGUAUAGUCUGGGCCUUAUUUUCGAAAAUUAUUUACAGUGUAGCUUGUUUGAAAAUAAGGAUGUCACAAUCGUUUCUCCCAUGCACGUCGCUUUCAGCGACGGAAACCAAAGAAACCGGAUGCUGUACGGACUGUAUUCUAAUGUAGUAAGAAGGCUUGUCGAACACACCUGGACUGAAAAAGAGACCUCGAAAGAUUCUGCGUGAAGUCUUUCAGAACUCAUGAUAUAAAGUGGUUUUUAUGGAUCAAGUAUUUUUUAAAUGCUAUUGGAAGGACUUCGCACGCUGCAGGGAUCAGCUGAGCAGAGCUGGUGCACGGUUUAAUGAUGGUUCGUUUUUAAGGAUGUGUGGUAAAUUCAUGCCUUGUAUUAUCUUAUUUACACAUCAGCUCUCUGGAAUUUCGCGGGUUAGAACUGCUCUUGCUUGGUCUUAAGGUCAACUGAGCUUUGUGGCUGGAGAAAAAGAAAAUCAAGCAAACCAUUUAUAUGUAUGAUAAAAUAUUUGACCAUAUUAUCGCGGGUAUUUGCAAAGUAACCUUCACACUGGUCUGAACAAUCUACAGGAGGUGGCUCAGAGAAGGUGAAGACAUAUUUUAAAUUCACACACAGCUUAAUGUACUGUUUGUAACUUACAGGGACUCAAAAAUAAUUUUUGAAAGAUUCACCGCUUGAAUAACAUAUGGUAUGGUAGUACUUUUCCAACACAGUUGUAACCUUCGUAAUAAAAGAGGAAAUUUCCCCUUUAAGAAUACUACAGCGAAUCCUCUCUGUAACGCCCCGUCCACCCCACGCCGGAGGAAUUUGAAAACGCAACAAUCACCGGUCAUUUUGGAGUUGUGUUUGAGGAAAACUCGUUCAGGGAAAUCACGUGACGCCAUCGUUUUCGGAUGUUUUUGUUUUCAAAACGUUUUCUGUCCACACAAACUCAAAGCUGACGUUUCCAAAUCCUUCGGUUUGAAGGGCGUGAUAGAUUAGGGUGGACGGUAGGCCUAACCGUAGAAAUAAAGCUGCCUUUUCAAAUUCCGCCUGUUUGAAGAGCGUUUUCAAAAGG